UCCAGGCGGCCCCGGUAACUUGUUUUUCCCCGGAGCAGCUAUGAGCAAGCGGAACCAGGUUUCGUACGUGCGGCCAGCCGAACCGGCGUUCCUGGCUCGCUUCAAGGAACAGGUCGGCUACAGGGAAAGGCCUACCGUGGAAACCAAGAGAAUCCAGCCUCAGCUCCCAGAUGAAGAUGGUGAUCACAGUGACAAAGAAGAUGAACAGCCCCAAGUGGUGGUUUUAAAAAAGGGAGACCUGUCAGUUGAAGAAGUCAUGAAAAUUAAAGCAGAAAUAAAGGCUGCCAAAGCAGAUGAAGAACCGGCUAUAGUUGAUGGAAGAAUCAUGUAUCGAAAACCAGUCAAACGUUCCUCGGAUGAAAAAUAUUCAGGUUUAACAGCAAGCUCAAAAAAGAGGAAGGCAAAUGAAGAUGAAAUAAAUAAGCAGGACUCAGUUAAAAAGAACUCACAAAAGCAAAUCAAAAACAGUUGCCUCCUUUCUUUUGACAAUGAAGAUGAAACUGAGUAAGUGUAAAUAUUUUGGACCUAGUCGUCUUUACGAGUAUAUGGGAUGUUUUUUACAGUGACACUUUUUUUUUCUAUUUAAAGAUAAUACAAGUUCAUUAUAGAAAAUUCAGAAAAAAUUUA